GGUUCUACCUCUGAAUUAUAUACACACCGGAUUACUCACCUAUCAAGCUUUACCUGUAACAACAGAAUAGAAAACAUGACUACUACUAAAGAGGGACCUGAUAGACUGGAGCUUCAACGCUCGUAUGUCGUCAACCGAACUCCCAUGAGACCAGAUUUGGCAAAUGUGGAAUCUCGAUGGAAAUCCCACACAAAGGAGCCUCUUUCGCAAGGUUGGAAGGCCAGAAAGAGCAUCAUCAUAGCUUUGGAUGUAUUGAAUAGGCUCCAACUCUCGCGUACAACGGAUGUCAGCCACGAGUCCAUGAGUUUGUGCCUUAAAGUCUUGCGCGAGCGUUUACCUUCAUAUGUGCAGAACGACAUUCAAAUCAUGAGCUAUGAAAUGUGCCUAGGAUUCAACCUUUCAGAGGAAGAAUACCAGACUUUCGUUCUAGAAGAAGAGUUACCUGAAGCUAGCAUUCAGUCAUACGACACCCUGAAGGAAGAUUACCAGAACAUGUUCAGGGCGCCGUACAUUUUCUGGCCCAUCCUCUAUAUGACGGACAACCGUAUGCAAUGGGCCCUAGCUGUCAUCCACCUCAACCAGGGAUCGGUAGAAAACCCUGACUGGAAAGAGGGUGAUUGUGUGACCCAGAAAAGAAUCAAGCUGAAUAUCUUCAAUUCCAUUGAGGGUAUCGCUGUCCUAGACCCUGACCAGACUGAUGGUGACAAACGAUCGACUCUGAUUUACAACAGAAUCUUGUAUAUGUUAACGAGGGCUGGUAUGGAGAGUGGCGAUGAUCCAAAGAAGGAGGUGUGGCUACCACCAAUGAACAGCGUCCAGCAUCAAGGAGAGCUUGAAUACUGGAGCUCGGGCCUGCGCUGCUUCGAUCUUGCCCGACAACUCAUGGACCGCAUUCUGGACCGCUACUGCGAAGAGCCCGGUAGCCACCCAUGCUCCUUCUGGGGCCCAACACGUGGGUGGUUCAACCCAGAUGCCGUGCGCGCUGACAUGAUCGGUAUCGCAGCCAUGGAGGUCAACAAGCGUAUGGCAUAUACAACCAAAAUCGCGAUAGAGCCCGUGUCUAAUCUCAAGCAUGGAGAUAAGGCUGUAGGCACUAGAUUAUUGCGACCCGAUAGAAGCCACGUGCAUAUGUGGCAACCGGGAAAAUACGAUAAGAACGGAGAAGCUGUCAUGUGGGAGACCCCAGGGCUAACAAACGAGCUUAGAACUUUCGUGACCGAGACAUGUGUAUAUGGGGAAAACCCCCCUGAGAAGAGACCAGAAAGGAAAGAAGGAAGAAACUCUAUCAGAGAGCCUACCUGUAAAGAUACCACUGGUGCCAGCAAGGCACCUGACCUGGGAAAUCUACCCCCUUAUCCAGGCCAAGACACAAAUGCGCAGACUCCAUUCUCUCCCGAAGACUCCGACGACCCCAACAUACUUAGUACUAAGGAGGAGUCUAAGGACGGGGCCCAAGAGGAAACACCGACUGGAAAGAAGAGAACUGGAGACGGUAACGGCUCAACUGGCACUAACAAGAGACUAAAGACGGAAAAUUCUUAG